AUGGAGAACGAUGCAGAGGUUGAAAGCUCAUCAGAUUUCCAAUCUCAAAUAACAUUACAACUGCUUGUUUUAGCUCUUAGAGCGCUUUCUUAUGAACUGAGAUUUUCGACGAGCAAAAGCAUUUUGGUAUUAAGUGUUAGCGCAGUACAUCGGAUGUACUACCAAUUAAAGAGGCGGAAAGAGCCCUCAGCUUUUGUCCCAGUUGAUGAAAAUCGACGACACCUUAUAAACAGUUGUCAAGAGAAGAAAAGUAAUGCGAAAAUUAGCUUAUUAAUUCCAGCUGAUGAAAAACCGGAUUCAAACGUCCUGGACACAUUCGCUGGCACUUUUCAGCAACAGCGACUGGAAACAACGACAUUCAAUCAGCAAAACGUCUUGCUGGAAUGA